CCUCCUCUCGAAAGUCCUCUCAUUACACUUCCGCAGCUCACAGAUUUUCAAGCGCGCAAUAACCCCAGCCUGCCGUGGGCCAUAUUCCCUUCUCGAGAUGACCCAGGAAAGACCGAGGCGGUGUCUUACGCUCAAAUGGCCCGAGCAUCUGAAAUUAUCGCCCACAUCCUCCGUCCUGAACGGAGAGGCGCAGAGGACGAAGUAGUUGCGUUUUUGAUACACACAGACAGUGUCCUAUACGUCUCAGUGAUUUUGGGAGCGAUGAGAGCAGGUCUUGUGGUAUGCGUCUUGUCAGUUUUG